AGGUGAGUGGCCACAACUCUCCUGUUGCUCCCAGACGUGUGUCGCCCGCCGCCCGCCGCACACCCACACGCCGCCCGCCGCGCCCUGGCCCACGUCACGCCCAGCCAGCGAUACCUACACCGCCGGAAGACACCCACAACACUCAGGACACCCAGUUAUCAACACCACACUUACACUUAUCAACACCACCGCCACCACCAGCGAGGAGGUGCGUUAAGUCCCCGUCAGGAGUGCCCCACUGAAUCUCCCGCCCCACCGGAUCGUGGCGCCCCUCUCCUGGCUCCCACGCCUCCCCUACUACUCGUCAGCCCGGUCCUAGGUGCACCCCACGCCCCACGUCCAUCUGAAGCCGCACGCCCUUUUUGACUGUGCCGCGGCGCCGCCCAGUGACGCCCGCACCUACACCCGCCCACCGCCCCCAGCCUCUCCAGCCCCGCCGCUCAGCAUUCCCCAGAAACGCACGCUACGGGGAUACCUUCAGGAUCCCCCCGUAGGAGCCCUAGACUCCCCCCGACUACCCAGGCCCUCCCGCUAGGGCACUCUUCUUCCCGCGGCGUACCUGAGAAGCUGGAAAGAUCUCCGGACUCGCCAAGCCCAGCCGCCUGAAGACGAGGCGCAGCAGCAUGUUCUCUAAGUUCAAGAGUUCGGGCGUGAGUGGCGGCAGUGGCAGCGGCGGCGCGACGGGAGGGGGCUCUGGUGGAGGGGGCGGAAGUGGAGGUAUAGGAGGGGGAGGCGGAGGAGGAGGAGGGGGAGGAGGCGGAGGUGGAGGAGGUGGCGGGAUGAGGGAAGGCACCUCCGCUCUGGACUCCUCUCCCCUGGCGCAGCAGUUCGAGGUGGGCAAGUUGGUGGCCUCCGCUGGGCCCUCGGCAGUGUGGAAGAUCUACGAGGGAUACCGCAAGAGUGACGCCAAGGAGGUCUCAGUGUUUGUGUUUGAGAAGAAGACUGCCGAGAAGCUGCACAAACCACGGCGCCGCGAGGUAGUGACGGAGCUGCUGCGUCACGGCAUCCGACAGCUGGAGCGACACCGACACCCACGGCUCCUGCAGGUGGUGGCGGGGCCUGAGGACACCCCAGAAACGCUCUCCUUCUACUCGGAGCCCAUCAUGGCGUCCCUCAGCAACAUCAUUACGCCGCCAGAUGAAAAGGAGAAGGAAAAGGGCACCAGCCUCUCUAAGGAUUACACGUUCCUGGAGGUGGAACUCAAGUACGGCAUCUUGCAGCUGACGGAGGCGCUGUCGUUUCUUCAUUACUCGUGUCACGUUGUGCACCGCAAUGUCACGCCCGCUUCUGUUUUCGUCACCAAGAGAGGAACGUGGAAGCUUGCUGGCCUGGAGUUCACUGAGAAAGUGGGUGAAGGGGAAGGUCCAGACAACAUCACCGUGCAACCUUGGACUUCCAGAGCACCCAAGAUGACCCAGCCUGACCUCGACUACAUCAGCCCCGAGGUGCAGACGUCCUCCACCUGCAGCGUUCUGAGUGACAUGUUCUCGCUGGGGAUGGUCAUCUGCGCUAUCUUCAACUCGGGACGCUCACUCAUCGAGGCAGCACACUCAAGCUCCGUGUACCAGAAGCAGUUGGAGGUGCUGGGCGAACAAGUAAACAACGUGCUGCCCAAAGUGCCCACGGGUCUACAAGAGGCUGUGGUGCGUCUGGUGAGCCGUGACCCGCGCCAGCGACCCACAUCACAGCUGGUGGCGCUCAUCAAAUACUUCAGUGAUCCCGUGGUCCAGGCGCUGCAGUUCCUUGACGUCAUCAACAUGAAGGACCCCACUCAGAAGACACACUUCUACCGCACCACGCUGAUGGAGGUGCUGCCCGUCAUUCCUCAGAAGCUGUGGUUCCUGCACGUGUGGCCGUCGCUGCAGCAGGAGAUGAGGACGCAGGAGGUAUUGGCGGCGGUGCUGCAGCCCAUCCUGAAGCUCAUCUCAGACGUCACCACUGAUGAGUACGAGAAUAUCAUCCUCCCGCACUUCAGGGGUGUGUUUAACGUGCCCAAGAGUAUCCAGGCCUCUGUCACGCUACUCGAGAACAUCCACGUUAUCCUCGAGAAGACUCCCAGUGAGGAUGUUUCCACUGACAUCCUGCCCAUCAUCUACGCUGGCCUUGAGUCCUCCACCGUGCAGGUUCAGGUCGCGGCGGUGGUAGCGGCGACAAAUGCUUCUGAGUACCUUGACGCCGAGGCCAUAAAGAAAACGGUACUGCCGCGGACGAAGGCGAUCUACGAGAAGUCCCCCACUGACGUGUCCCUCUGCCUGACGGUGCUCGGGUGUAUAGAAAAGAUCCUGGACAAGCUGGAGCGGUCGGCGAUCAUUGAUGACGUGUUGCCAAUCCUUGCUGACGUGAAACUGCAGGACGCCGACGUUACUGUCAAGGUUGUAAACAUCUACAGACUCAUGCUUGGCGUCAAGAAGUUCGGGCUGAGCGUCAACCUGCUUGCCACUCGUAUCCUCCCUUCGCUGCUGCCGCUCACAGUCAGUCCCUCCCUCAACCUGAUCCAGUUCAGCUUCCUCCUGCAGACCAUCCAUGAAAUGCUCGACCACAUAGACAAGCAGCAACGCAACAAACUCAAGCUGGAUAACUUGAGUCUAGCGAGCAGUCCGGGUGAGAAACGGCUGCUCCGCCACCAGCUCAGUUCCGACAACAUGUCCCUCUCGCCCUUCUCGCCCGUGCCCAAUGUUCGCAUCCAAGACACCCGCAUGUCCUCCAGCGCCGAGGAUUUUCUCUCCCGCCGGGGGUCGUCAGGUAUUGGCUUCUUGGGACACUCUUUCUCAGGACCCUCGUCUCCGGACUCAAACCUCCUAAGAGUACAGUCUGCCACUAUUGGCCGGAGACUGUCAGACAACGAGCUCAUGAUGCCACCGAAGAUCCGGGUGGCUCUCUCCUCUGCUUCCUCCCCUGGCGAGACCUCCACGGGCUCCCUGCCUGUACGACGUCACUCCAGCAUUGGGCCGGAAAGACGCGGGUCCACUUGCACCAAUCUCUCACCUCCUACUCCCACACGCCCACGCCGCUCCCUGGACCUGCAUUACUCCCAGGCGCUGUCCCGUACCUUGGUAAGUGGCGGACCUACCUGUGGAGGGUCCCUGUACUCCUCUCGCCGCCACAACCCCUCCCCGCCUCUCUGCCUCAGUCCUCAGACAAAGUCCCAGUCUUUUUUAAAGAACUCCUCCAUCGCCAACGCCAGCAAAAGCGUCCCAAUGCUGCUCACACCCUCCCCCGUGUCUAACCUUGGCUCAAGGAGACAGUCCACAUGCUCUAUCACCUCCCUGGGUGGCUUGGAUUCUCGCCGUUCCUCUGCUGCUUCCAUCGGCAACCCUCUUGGAUCUUCAUAUAAGUCCCAUCGUCGUCCCUCGGCCCUCAUCUCCAACUCCUCCAGUGGUAACCUCCUGCAGCAGUUGUCGGCCGGCGUGGUGAGUACAUACCAGCUGUUCUCCAGUAAAUCAUAAGCAAGAUCUGAUCCUGCAGAAAACAUGUCAACGAUUCACCACGCUCGUAUGGAAAGAUGCAUAAAGGUAACCUCAGAACACAGCCACAUCAGAACUAUACCUUGUAGUAAACUUGAGAGUGAAUCUAGUAGAAGCAAAUGGAAAAAGCUAGAUGGGAAAAAAGUGAGUCAGCAUCUAGGAAACUGUUGAGCCUGGAAGUGACUUGAGACAGGGCAGUUCUGUGUGGCUGAGGAGAACAAAACAAUACAUGUAAUACUGUGAUUGUCAUGUACAUUGAUAUAGCUCAAGUUGACUACUGUACUCGAGGCAGCGGGAUGCAGUUGCAAGUGGAGAGACUGACGUUUUGUAUGCUAUGUAGGUUAAGGUGUCCAGGUUGUAUAUGUAAGAUGACUGUAAUGGGUGGCAGGACUGAACGUGUGUGUGACAGUGAGUGGAGGUGGUUACUGCAGUGGUACUAACUAAGUGGUAGUUGGUGGUAGUAUGUGUAGUUGGUAUUGUGGAUAAUGGUGAUGGCUGUGGUAGUGGUGGUUCCUGUAAUAGUUGACAGGCAUGGAGUCAUCAUGCAGGAUGUUAGUAUAUGCCAUAGGAGGAAGUGGAUGCCAUGAGUCAUGCUGUGGUCUUACUCAAGGUCACGCAGCACUUCUCUCAGCAACACUCCAUCACUAGCACUGUCAGCACACUUCCUCAACACUUCAACUUUUCCAUCAUGGCAGAUAUUCUAGCCUACACUCUCUUUUCUCUAAAAUUCACUGUGCAGAUUGAGUGGCAUUUAUUUUUAGCAUCAUACCACUUUGGCCAAACAAAACUUUCCAGCUUACUGCCGUAAGUAACCAGUUAUCCCAUUGUUAUUUUAGGGAUCUGCCACAGUGAGAGUUACUCUGCACUAUGUUCAUAUGAAAGUGUAAAGUUUAGUCCAAUGUCUGAAUUCAUUACUCAGAAUCCAGUCUGAAAUAUCAAAGGAAUUGAAAGUAAUGAUAAUAAUAAUGACAAUAAUAAUGAUAAAUAAUGCAUCAUUAGAUUCCACUUAGAAUUGUAUCUGUAUCAGUAGCAGCUAAAUUUACAAUUGUGAUAUCUGUGUAUUAAAAAGUUGGUUAUGGUUGAUAGAUGAAUGAAGAAUAAGAAGCACCACCACCUUCAACUCCCUGACAGGGAUGCCAUGUGCUGGCAUGAUGGUCAUUUGCAUGGUGCUGCACAGGAUGGGUAGCUGUGAAUGUUUUGCAGAGCAGCAGGUUGAAAUUGUUAGAUGUCUCUCAAAAUUGCAAAUUAAUUUAUCUAUGUCAAUGAAGACAGUUUCUAAAACUGUGUGGGAAAGGUAUGACAAAUAAUUCUUGUUGUGGAUGAUAAUUAUAUUCUUCUCUGAUGGAUUCUAUAAUAUCAGUUUUCUCAAAUUAACCAAAGCAUAUCACAUACUGGAACUGUUUGUGAGACUUGGAUGCACAUUUAAUCACAGACUAUACAAUAAGGUAUGAAUUUAUAUUACUAUAUAUUUGCACUCCUCAGCUGUUCUUGUGUUUGAGGGCCUUGCAGAAGACCAGCUUGAGAAAACUCUUUGGUGAAACACAGUUUUUCAUUACCUUCUGUCUUAGGGUUGUUUUGCCUCAUUAACAUUUCUUUUCACACCACUCAUUAAGAUCAAACAUGAAAUUAUAUAAAGAUGCAUCUCUGAGUAUUGCCUACUUGAAUUAGAUUAUAUUUCCACAAUAUUAGAGUGAAAUUUUUGUAACAGGAACAAAUAUGCAUUACUGGUAUAGGUUAUACUUACCAAAUUGAAUUGCCACUAAAAGAGGCCUCUCAUGGAAUGUUGUUCCAGACUGUUUUUAUUUGUAGUAACAAUGAAUUUCAAUGAAUCAUUUACUUGCAUUCAUAAAGUCUCUGGUUCAUGAUUUUAAAAGUACAGCAUAAUUGUACCUCCAAGAAUCUCUCUGGGUCAUGAUUUAAAAGUACAGCAUAAUUGUACCUCCAAGAAUCUCUCUUACUACACCACUACCUCCUGUGAUGCUGGCUGGGUCUCUGUCUGAUAUUUAGUCUUAGGUGGGACACAGGAAUAGGAUACAUUGGUUCAUUACAUCUUAUUUGUUGGUUUAUUAGAUCUUUAUUUAUUUAUAUACCAACUGUCCCAUUGCAGUAGUUGUCCCUUGAGCUAGACAGAAUAUUUGCUGCAUCCUGGCCAUGUAUUUCCUUUUGAACUCCCAAAUUAGAUACAAGGAUGUCUUUCUAGAAUAUGGGCGCAUUUUUCUUCUUCAGGACAUAACAUUCACAAUGUUGCAUUAUUUUCAUUUCAUGAAACAAUGUUUUCCUUACAAGACUUCUGUAUCACUUUUUUUAAUUACUAUUUUUCAGAGAAAGUUACAAGUAAACACACUAAAGCUUAUUGUGGGUCAUUCCAAGAUGUGUUAGAUGAUGUGUAGUCUUCAGUCUUUCCACUGAACAAUGUCUCUUCUUGGUAAUGUCAUGCUACUAUUACUUGUCUAGUGGUGUGUGUGUGUGUGUGUGUGUGUGUGUGUGUGUGUGUGUGUGUGUGUGUGUGUGUGUGUGUUACUUCUAGUGGACAAAUAUAUUUUUCUGGCAAUUUCUGAACUAUAGUACUUCUGAAAAUAUAGUGGAGUAUGUAUUUACUUCUUGGUAGUGGCUCUUUUUUAUGUAUUAAGCGAUACUGAAGAUUGUAAACUUUCCCUCUGAGGGUUUACUGUCACUAUAUCAGGUUGUUUUAUUUGUGGAUGUAAUACCACAUCACAUAUUUAAGAGUUUUAUUAAGUUGUGUGUUAUAGAUAGUCACUUUUAGAUGCUUGAUAAUAGCAAAGUAAACUCUCUAGAUUUAUGCAUAAUUCCUAUGAAAUAACUGUUACUAAAGCUCUCUGGUGCUAAUCUAGGUAUAGUUACUGUUCUGUAUUUUCCCCUAGAUGUUAGGGAUAAGCAUUGAAGUUCAUCAUGGCAGUGUGAUGGUGAUACGAUAUCCUCCUCACCUUGAGAUUGUGCUAUUCUUACUUUUCUAUGGAAUCCUUCAUUUUUAAGGACACUACAAACACUUAGCAUUAGGAUGUUUUAGAGCAGAACUCUGAUGUGUGUUUGUGCAUCCUAUGACACUCUGUAGCUUAGAGCGAAGUGUUCCCUGCCGAGUUCUAUGAAUGCCAAGAUGUUGUGUGCGUGUGUGUGUGUGUGGUGUGUAGCGCGUGUUUGCUGUGCAGCCUCACACAGGUCUGUACUGCAACACCCACAACCUACAAGUUUCUGAAACACAAAGGUUGAAGUGUGGACCUCCCUUUCCCUGGUCCACUACUGCUGUUCAGAUUCUAUGCUGCUGAUUGCUGCACUUGUCGUGUGUUUUGUGCAUACGUUUUGCAGCCAGCAAUUAGAAAGUAUCUUCCAGGAGACUAGUCAUCUUCUAAGGUUUAUCUCACUAAGUAUGGUAGAAAUUCUUGGUAGACUGCAGGCAGUAGAUGAACUAGAACAAUGUAUUGGCUUACUUGCUUCAUUAGUUCUUUGCAUAUUGGGGGUGUGCUAGAAGAAAGCUAAUGUGUGUACUUUUGAUACUUGAUCUCAGCUAUUCUUAUUUAUCUAUUUAUUCAGUACAGUAUUCAUAAUGCUGUGGUGUAUCUUGGUAGUGAUUCUAUUCCUAUGUAUUAAGUAAUUUGUUUUCCAAUGACUUAGUCCUUCUGUAUGUGUGUGUGUAGGCAGUCGGUAGAGAUCAAGCACUCUAAUUACUGCUUUCUUCCUUUCAUUGCACAAUGCUUUGUGAAUAUUAACUUGUAAAGUGACUGCCAGGAGUAGCUAGGUAAAUAUUCUUAAAGCGUGCAGAAAAUCAAAUGAUGAAUUAACAAUGCCUGAAUAUCCAAAUGGAUGUGUGAAAAUGGGAGCAUUUCAGUCCUUAAGUGUCGUUUUUACCUGUUGUGUGAUAUGGUGCAGUGCAGUGUGUGGGGGUGGCGUGUGUCGUGCAUGAAUUUGUGUAUCUUUGCAAUGAUCUACAUUCGUUACAACUACAGGGAAAGGAGUCCAGGAAAAGCUAUUUUACAAAUUUCUUCAGUUUAUGUUGGGAGACAAACUGUUAAUUUAAAGAUACUCACCUGAGCCUAAUUCAAAACUUUUUCUUCUGUCCAAACUUGAAUUUGUUGGUAAUUUCAGAGGACUCUUUUUCCUUGUGGGUUUUCUCAGAACUGAUAGAUUUCAUUCUGCCCUCAUUAUCCUGCAUCCUUGUGUUUCUUUGUAACUGAUUAAUCUUUUCUUGAGACUUACAUUGCACUUUCAGCUUCCUAGAUGUAUUUCAACAGCAUAAGAAUUUUUAUAAUUAAUGAAAAGGUGUAUGAAAAUAAUCUGGAGACAUAAUCUGUUCAUGUCUUACAAUACAAUUGAUUUUCCCUUUUUUAUGUGGCAAUAAUUGAAUUCUGAAUAUAGUAGAUUUAUAGUUUUCACAUAAGAGAAUAAAAGAUUUGGGAAAUAAGUAGCAUUCAAUCCAGCUUCAUCUUUGCAUCUGGAUCAUUGUAGUGCUACUUUCAGGACAGUGUGAUGCGUGAUUUUCCAUUAAGCUUGCCGAGGUUAUCUUGAUUAUUCUUGAAGGCUGGUGUGGUUGAGUCAGAUGGAUGAAUAUUUAUGAUGGUUGAUGAGCAGUAGCACCUCUUGCCUGUGUAGCUAACUUACCACUAGACCUUUACGUCUGACAUGUACUUAAUAGUGUAGACCUUUUGAGUUAUUUCAUUUGAAAUUAUUUUCAAUUCUGUAUAUUGAUGUUGGUGAUUUAAAACACAAAAAUUUCAAGGUUUAUUAUUAAGUAUUUAUAGAUAUGAAUAUUUUUCUCGCAAAUUGUUAAACUGUCCCUUUGAUCUUAAAUCACCAAUAUCUGCAAUACAGUGUGAGCAAUAUAGUAAUUUAUUUCAUGAAGUAGUCAUCACAGUUUGCCCUGUGUCCCAACAGUUUCAUAGUUGCAAAUAUUCUCAUGCAACUUAAUGUAAAUCAUAGCAUUGUGUUGCUCCUAUGAUGCACAGUGUAAGCAUUUGUCUUUGGAAUUCUUAUUUGCUUAUAGGAAGCCAUUUAUCUGAUGGAAGUGUUUCUCCAUUCUGAUUGAAACCCAGCGACCCAUUCCUAGCUUAGUCCAUGCAGUUCAUAUGAAAUUAUUAGGGUCUUAGGCAAAAAGUAGGAAAUAAGCCAGUUUGCCAUAGAUUUCCCGCACCAAAGUCAAAACUCUCUAUGCAUGAAUGAAUGAGUUUGUUUGAUGAUUGAGUUUAAGGUGUUUAACAAUAAUAUAGGUGACCACACCUGUCGUUUGUGAUUAUUUUGUCACUUUUCCC